UUUCUGUCGGUUACAAACAAUAAUGGCGUCGCACGGGGAUGAUACGGGUGCCUCCAAGUCUGUUCCUUCUGGGGACAAAGGAGAGAAAAAAAACCCGGCUGUGUCGUUCGGUUUUACUAAAACAGUUAGCAAAUUUAAACCUUCGAGUGGCGACGCUUUGACCAAGAAAGAUGAAAGAGAUUACCUGACCGGAAUUGACCGAAAUGAAUUGCUAAGCUCAAAACCGUCUGAGAAGCCCAAAGAGCUCAUUAUCCCGCUGAUCCAGAAGAACCGCUGGCACAGGCCGGACCGAGCGGGCCAGAGCGAGGGGAGUGGAGGCAAGACACAAGAAGUAACUCAAGAUAAUGAUUCCGUGGAUUCUCAGGCUGUCAAAGAACUCAUCGAAGACUCCCGGAGGCAGCUUGAGCAGUGGCAGAAUGGCGCUCAGUCAGAGAGAAACCUGAACCUCAGCAUCCCACUGUUGAUGCAAAACAAAGUGCCCGAUGGCUUUGAGGAUGGGGAUCAAGUAAAGGUGGAUCUACGGCCUGAAUCUUCGACAGAGGCAGAUUAUGAGGCCAUUCCCGUCGAGGCUUAUGGACUUGCUAUGCUUAAGGGGAUGGGCUGGAACAAAGCUGAAGGCAUUGGACGCACCUUUAAACAAGAUGUGAAGCCACUAGAACACCAGCUCCGUCCAAAAGGUUUGGGUCUUGGAGCUGAUCGUUCAGCGAUAAAGGACCUGGAGCCCAGCAGACGUCAGCGUCCCCCCAAGCCAGGUGAGGAGCGAGAGAAGGAGGAGGAACUAGUGAUGGGUCCAGGCGCCUGUGUGCUGGUGGAGUCGGGGGCACAUAAAGACCUGUAUGGCAAGAUCGAAGGCGUUGAUCCAGACAAUGCUCGAGUAAUGGUGAAGCUGGCAAUUGGCGGCAAAACUGUGACAAUCAGCCAGUAUGCCAUAAAAGUGGUUGGGCGCAAGGAAUACGACAAACACAGCAAAGACCUCAGUCGCCUCAGUAAGGCCCACAAGGAGAAGGAGAAGGAAAAAGAGCAACAGAGACAGGAGGAGAAAGAGAGGCGAAGUAAUGGUGACAAGGUAAAACACAAGUCUUCAGAAAGAGAUGGAGGAAAAGAUGAGAGGAAGAGGAAACACAGAGAAUCAAGUCAAGACAGAGAGAAGCCUCCAGUGAAAGAGGCAAGGCGACCACCGGCUCCCUCCUCCUGGCUCCAGAGAGACUUGAAAGUUCGCUUUAUAGACAAAGCUUUCAAAGGGGGCAGGUACUACAACUCAAAGAUGCGUGUGGAGGAUGUCCUGACACAGACUGCCUGUGUGUGUCGAACUGAAGAGGGAAGACUGUUAGACGAUGUGAAGCAGGACAUGCUGGAAACUAUUGUUCCAAAAAGUGAAAAUGAUUCUAUAAUGGUUGUACUGGGCGAGCACAGAGGACAGGUCGGCCGUAUUCUGCAGCGGGACAAAAACAAGUGCAGAGCGAUGGUCCAGCUCGACCGAUAUGAAGAGAAAGUGUUCACACUGGACUAUGACUGUAUUUGUCACUAUGUAGGGGCAGCAGAUCAUUGAUGAACAUAUUUCUUCUUUUCCCCCCUCCCCAUACUAUUUUUGUAUUUCUUUAUUCAGAUAUUCCCUGUCCUUUAUUCCAUCUGAAAUGUUGUUUUGUAAUAUUCAAAAAUAAUGGAUUUAUUAAGAUUUUAGAUCCCUGUAAUUUUGUAAUAAAACAUUGUCAAGAAUUGUA